AUGAAUUUCAAUGUUGGUGGUAGAACCAUCAUGAUGGCAGUCUUGUUCAUGAUGGCCACAUUCAUCCUUACAAGUCCAAUUAAUUGUGAAGCAAAUUAUGCAAUUGGUUCAUUGACUUCUGUUGUGGAGGUAACUGAUGAUUGUUAUGUAAAUAUUGUGGAAUCAUUCAUUGUUACCAAUAAUCAAGUGGAUAAGGAAGUUGGAUACUUUUCGAGGUUUAUUUCAAAUGUUGAGGGUAAUGUUGAUAUUGUUGCUCGUUCAGUGAUUGCAACAUCAAUUACAAAGAAAAUUGUGAACACUACCAUUGUAAAGAGUGGUCAAUAUUACGAAAUUGCAGUCUAUCUUGAUACUCCAAUUUCAAAGGCAGGAAGUGAUGCUUUUACUUUGAAUUAUCAAAUGUCUGGACCUCUUGUUGCACAAGAAACAGUUGACUCUGUUAAAAUUGAUUUUACUGGCCCAAUUACCAUUUUCCCAAAGAAAGUAACCAUUCAAUUUACUGAUAAUGUGAAACAUCUUCAUGGCUAUAGACAAUUCACAGCCACAUCCAAUACUAUUGAUGAAGCAAUCAUUUCUGAAAAGUCAAUUUCAUGGGAAUAUAAUUAUGCUGCUAAUCCUUGGGUUAAGGUUUCAUUCCCUGCAUUGGCAACUUUUGACCUUUGUAGAACUUUACCUCCUGAACCAUUGGUUUCACUUAAUGUGGUUAAUUUGAUUUUGAUUAUUACCUUAUUGGUGAUUCAAGUAUUUAUGGUUGCAUUCCUUUGUUUCUCACACUUUAAAAGACCAAAAUAUUCAAACAUGACCAUGGAACCAAGUACACCAGCCACAACAUUUAAUUAA